GGCAGAGAAGGGGUGGGCCAGUUCCUGAUUCUCCCAGGCCACCAACUUCCCCAUCGGGGCUGGAGAUGUUGCAAGGAGGAUCCCUGGAGCCCAAAGCAGCUUGCCCUGCCGCUUCCUCACCACGCCGAGAGUCCAGCAGAUUCUGCACGAGGGCAAAGAUGGACUCUGCCUCAAGAAAGCUCCUGAGCUGGGGAUUCAUCCUCAUUUUUCUGGUUCUGAUGGAUUCAUCUCCUCAAGCUGCUUCUGCCCAGGUGUGCUAUGGAGCUCCAGGACUGCCAGGUGUGCCAGGUCCCCCAGGCAAGGAUGGGAGAGAUGGACAUAAAGGAUCCAAGGGAGAGCCAGGCAUUCCAGUCAUUCCUGGAAGCCAAGGUCCCAAGGGGGUGGCAGGAGAACCUGGCCCCGCAGGAUUUCCAGGGAAGAAUGGCCCAAGAGGCCCUGAUGGACCUCCAGGAGACCCUGGCCUGAAGGGUGAGAUGGGCGAGCCAGGGGAGCCAGGUGGCUACAAGCACAAGCAUCAGGCGGCUUUCACCGUGAUGAGGCAAACGGGUGAGUAUCCCGAAAAGAAUGCCCCCGUCAUCUUCAGGAAAGUCGUCACCAACAUCAACAAUGACUAUGACAUCAACACCGGCAAGUUCACCUGCCGCAUCCCUGGCGUCUACUACUUCACCUUCCACACCUCCCAGACAGCCAACCUCUGUGUCAACAUGUACAAGAACCGGGACAGGGUGGCCAGCUUCUGUGACCACAUGUCCAACACCAAGCAAGUCAGUUCAGGGGGCAUCUUGCUUCAGAUGCAGAUGGGCCACCAAGUGUGGCUGACAGUCAAUGACUACAACGGCAUGGUGGGGAUUGGUGGCUCUGACAGUGUCUUCUCAGGCUUCCUCCUCUUCCCUGACUAGAUCCCUCUCACACUUUCUGGAGUAGCUCAGCAAGAGCUUCGCGAAGAUUCAAGCAUCCAGUGCCUGCCCUUCGUGUAACUGCUUUCUUAGUAUUCCUUUUCUGUUGUUCCCCAGAUGAUUCCAAGUGUUGUUAAAAAUGCUCAAUAAACCUGUUCAUUGCCA